AUGUCCACCGCCGCUGCUCAACGGAACAAUAACGAGGAGCCCGCGCUUCACGUCCUAUCGCUUCUUCUUCCUCCUUCCCUCCUACAUCCCUUCGCCCUCGCUUCGUUCCUUCUUCAUCUCUCCAUCCCGUUCCCUUCCUCCUGCCCUCCUUCCUUCCUUCAUCUUCCUUCAUCCACUCCAUCCCUUUCUUCCUUCUUUCCUGCCUCCUCCCUUCCUCCCUCACUCCCUACCUCUAGACCCCGCCCCUUCAGUGUUGUGCUAAGGAUCGGGGGUGAGUGUAGUGUGAACGGGCUAACACAGCGUCUCGGCGCGCCGCCAGUCCACGCCGGCCGCAGACAGCUCAACGCCCAAACGCUGCCAGUGACACUGCAGACGGGCGAUUCCGUCACCCGAGACGCGAGGGACACCUGGAUCGGAGGGAAUGGAGACGUCACCCACUCGUCCCUCCUACACAUUCACAACGGAGGACAUGAGAAGAUCAAAUGCUUGGAGCGCAGCACGAGUCAGCCAGAGAGCUCCGUCCUGCAGAAAGGUAGGACUCUGUACGUGUCCGUCUUUCCUAUGAGCUGGAGGAAGUUGAACGGGAAAACAGCGUCCCGCGCCCGCCGUCCACGCCGCCGCAGACCAGUCAACGCCAACGCUGCCGUGACCCUGCAGACGGCGUCCGUCCCCGAGAGCGAGGACACCCUGAUCGGAGGACUGGAGCACGUCCCGUCCUCGUCCUCCAUCCACAACGGAGACAUGGAGAAGAUCCUGCUGGACGCGCAGCACGAGUCCAGCCAGAGCAGCUCGUCCUGCGACAGUCCUCACAGGCCACCGAGUCCAGACCAGGACGAGGGGCAGAUAACGUUCGACGUGGAGAUGUCCAGCCUCAAGGACAGUCAGUCCGAGGACGACGGUCCAGAGAAGGAAAGAGAAGAAGACAUCCUGAUGAACAAAGAAGUAGACUGGGUCUCUGAUUGGUCCAGCCGGCCCGAGAACGUCCCCCCAAAGGUGUUCCACUUCAGGCACCCCCGGCGUUCAGUGUCUCUCAGCAUGAGGAAGAGUGGAGUCAUGAAGAAAGGGGGCGUCUUUUCUGCCGAGUUCCUCAAAGUGUUCAUCCCUUCCUUACUCCUGUCUCACAUCCUGGCUCUGGGCGUCGGCGUGUACAUCGGGAAGAGAAUCGCCUCCGCCAGCUCUUACUGAGGAGAAGAAGAAGAAGAAGAAGAAGCCGUGCCUGGACGUCCCCGUCUCCGAGAGUCUCGUCCGUCCUCCCGUAGUCGAGCCGUCUCUCUGCAUCUGUCCCACGCUUCCAGUCAGCGUCUGUCCCCUCACACUGUAGAUAGCUAUAGUUAUACACAUGUUAUACUCAUGUUAUACUCAUGUUAUACUCAUGUUGUACAUGUAUACAAACUCAUGUGUACAUACAUAUAUAUAUAUAUAUAUAAUAUGUGUUUAUACAUGUAUAACAUGUAUAUAACAUGUUAUACACAUGUUACAUAUGUUAUACAUGUUAUACAACAUGUAUAACAUUUGUACCCAUGUAUAACAUGUGUAUAACAUGUGUGUAAAUAUGUAUACGCACAUGUUAUACAUAUAUACAUGUAUAACUUGUGUAUAACAUGUGUGUAUACGCACAUGUUAUACAUGUAUAACUUGUGUAUAACAUGUGUGUGUAUACACAUGCCUUAACUUGGUUGCACUCCCAUUAUAUUCUGACACAGGGGCAACUUCAUGACACAACAGCUAUCACCAACUUGAAUCCAGAAGACGACAGACCCUGAUACCCCACCAGACCCUGAACCCCACCAGACCCUGAACCCCACCAGACCCUGAUACCCCACCAGACCCUGAUACCCCACCAGACCCUGAUACCCCUAAGUUCCACCAGUCGUGCGUCUGCGCUGCGUUCGUUGCGAUCGCUACAACUCAAGACAAAGCUUGUGAUUCCAUUAUAAUUAGCUAGCUGCACGUUAGCUAAAGUUGGCUAACAAGCAGCAGCCGGUCGCUCCAGUUCUUCCUGGGAAUACACUCCCCCCCCAUUUUUAAUAAAUUUACCUGGGUUCAUAGACCUAUGCAAGCCCCUGUAUCUGGUAAAAGCACAAAUAUCCAGGAAAAAUUACCAAAACAAGUACUUCUGCAAGUCACGCAGGCAAGACUAUGGCGCUUAGCUAUGGUGCUCCGCUAGGGUGCUCCGCCAGGUCGCUAUGUCGCUAUGACGAUCCGCUAUGUAGCUAUGACGCUCUGCUACCACAUUCUGCUAUGUCACUAUGACGCUCCGCUAUGCCGCUAUGCCGCGCCGCUAUGCCGCUAUAAAGCUCUGCUAUGCCGCUAUGACGCUCCGCUACCAAAUUCUGCUAUGUCACUAUGACGCUCCGCUAUGGCGCUAUGACGCUCCGCUAUGAUGCUAUGACGCUCCGCUAUGAUGCUAUGUCGCUAUGGCGCUCCGCUAUGUCGCUAUGGCGCUCCGCUAUGUUGCUAUGGCUUUCUGCUAUGACGCUCCGCUCUGACGCUCCGCUCUGACGCUCCGCUAUGACGCUCUGACGCUCUGACGCUCCGCUAUGGCGCUAUGACGCUCCGCUCUGGCGCUCCGCUACGGUGGAACUCCGGAGUCCGAGCUGCAGAAGCGUUCGGCUACAUCUACACUACCGGGUUUGGUUUGAAAUAUCUAUGAAUAUCCUUUGCUACGUUUACGACUCACGUCCACGCUAACGCGGCGUUUUCCGAGCCCCUAAAACUUGAACAUUUGGAAACACCGCUGCCCCCGUUUUGGUUCUAAAACUCCGGGGUUGCUUCGUAGUCUGGACGGAGACAAACGGAGACAUCUGGAAACGAGGACGCCCGUCCGUCGGUCUUAUCGGUCGGGGAGCUUCCAGACCUUUCAGUGACAGUUCCCCCUCGUCCUCGCUCUAAGAUAAUAAUCCCUGCUCGUACUAUUAUCACUGUUGUUCUUCUUUCUCCAAAGUAGUUUCUCUGUUUCCAACUUCUACAUCCACGAUCUUCAACCGCAGAGUAACUGCCACUCCCCGAUGUGAGGAGAGGGCAGAUUUGAGUUGCGCAUGCGUAGUUAGCAUAUAAGAUGCUAACGAGAGACUUCUUUAACGUCAACACAGUAAAAAUGGACCUACUUAACCCAGUUGGUUCACUGCUAGCUUAGCUUCAAGUUAGCAUCAAACCCAACAAAGGCUGUCAGUUGAAUGGUGUUUUGAGCUAACGCUAGCAACCAAACAGCCAUAGAUAGCGACAACGUUUCUGAAAUGAUUCCCAUCUUCUGUUAUUGUUUGUAAUGAGAAAACUUUAUUAUUUCAUGGAUUUUACAAACUUCAGUAUGACAGUUAUGUCGUAAACCGUUUAAAUCUGAGCAUGCACGACUCACAUCUGCACUGGACUCACAUCGAAGAGAGACAGUAACGUCACACAAUCUGUCUCCUGCUCGCACAUGCCCAGUGUGUGUGUGAACGGUCAUGUGAUGUGUGAUGUCAGACGCGUUGACACGGAGGUUAGUUCUGCUACUGGAGCUGGACGGAGAUCGUUUUAGUCUCAAAAUGCCGCUUAAAAUGAAAAGUAGUUGUGUAGAUGUAGCUUCAGACCUGUUUAACCCCAAAAUAUAAUAAAAUAAGAAUAAUAAGAAUAAAGAUUUGAUGUGCGGUGGACUCGGGGUUGAAGCUAUUCCUACUUGUUUUGAUGCUGUCAUGUCAUGAGAAAUCUGACCUUCUCCCAAGAUGCAUCUCUCCACUGAUGUCACACUGGGCAGAGAACCAAAAAUUGAACGCGCCAAAUUUGCAAUACAUACAAAUUUAACUGGCCCAGGGAACAUAGGGGGGGGGGACUUUUAUCGCCUUAAUUUAUUUAAAGCUUAACAUUCGAGGUGCAGUUAUGUGGGAUUCUGGUUUUUCAAUCCCACACAUGAAGUUGUAUCAUGUGAACUCCGGAGGAUUUCUUUUAAAAUCUUGUUGUUUUUUAGGGAUGCACCGAAUCCAGAUUUUUGGGGUUUGACUAAAUACCUCCUCCACCUUUUCGUCUCCUUUUCGUAGUCUCUUUGUCACAAUUUUGUCUCCUUUUUGUCACCUUUUUGUAGCCUCUUUGUCACCAUUUCGUAGUCUUUUUGUAGCCUCUUUGUCUCCUUUUUGUAGUCUUUUUGUAGCCUCUUUGUCUCCUUAUUGUAGCCUCUUUGUCUCCUUUUUGUCUCCUUUUUGUAGCCUCUUUGUCUCCUUUUUGUAGCCUCUUUGUCUCCUUAAUGUAGCCUCUUUGUCUCCUUAUCGUAGCCUCUUUGUCUCCUUAUCGUAGCCUCUUUGUCUCCUUAUCGUAGCCUCUUUGUCUCCUUUUUGUAGCCUCUUUGUCUCCUUAUCGUAGCCCCUUUGUCUCCUUAUUGUAGCCUCUUUGUCUCCUUAUCGUAGCCUCUUUGUCUCCUUUUCGUAGCCUCUUUGUCUCCUUUUCGUAGCCUCUUUGUCACCUUUUCGUAGCCUCUUUGUCUCCUUUUUGUAGCCUCUUUGUCUCCUUUUCGUAGCCUACUGCAUUGAACGCACCACCUAUGUCAACACCUCCCUGUCAUCACCGGCGGCGUGAUUAUGUCGACCAGCGUAAGACCAAUAUUUGGCCAAAUCCUGGAUUCGGUGCAUCCCUAAGUUUUUUUGAAUGGUUGAAAGCAGGGCUGUAGUCAAGACCACCAUUGAGACCAGGACUAGUCGAGACCGAGUCCAAGGCACGCAGGUGCAGGGCGCGCCAUGCGAAGAUAGAAGCUCUAGUGCAAGGCUGCCCAAUUUGGGGCCCGCGGGCCAAGUUUGUUGGCUUUGGACUUUGUUUCGGCCCCCCAUGGAUUUGACAUGUCCAUUCUUAUUUACUCUUAUUUUAAAAGUAAAGAUUACCAAACGUACAUUUUGAGCAGGUGAAAAGUAAUCUGAGUUCAACGGCAAUGUAAUUUAAAUGGCAAUCCACUUUAAAUUACAUACAAACGUUUUUGUCUACGGAGAAUGGUAAAAAUGACGUUAUUCCUCAAUAUCUUAUAACAUUUAUUUUUGGCCCAUUGUCUUCCAUCCAGAUCCAUUCAUAUGAAGGAACUGGGGCCCCUUUGAUCUAGUGUGUGAUUGGUUAUCAAGGUGGCCUGUGGUUCACUUUCCCUCCAAUAUUACUAUAGACAUAAUAAAGACACCUGGACUCGGCAGGGACCAAAAGACACAUAUGGCAAGACCGGUGGCCGAGUCCGAGGUCUCCACGGUCUCGAGUCCGGACUCGAGGACUAGACCACAGCCCUGUGGGACGCCUUAGCAUUCAUCUAGUAUUUAGCUUUUACACUUGACAGUAUGGUACCUUUAAGUUGUUAUGAUUACCCCUCCUGUUGUCCUCGGGUCAAAUUUGACCCCUUUAAACAUCGUCUAGAUCAGAAAUAUGAGUUUCUUUUUCACCAAAUUACCACAAAAAAAGAUGGAUUCCAUGCAACGCUCUUUAUAAAUACAGUUAAUCACUUUCAUUGAAUUUUGGGUGUAAAUUUAAAUGGUUUCAAAUCAGCAUCCACUCAACAUCUGCUCCUCUGAUCUUAACUAUUAGUCAAAAUAAUUCAUAAUUUUGGCUUUAUUAGCUAAAAUAGUAGGUAUAAUUCUAAAUAAAGGAGGGUUUUUGACCAUGGAUUCCAAAAAGUAGUGAAACUAGUAAUGUGGUGUUAUUGAAGAAAAAAAAAA